AGUACAUUUGUCACGUAAGGAAUAAUUGCGUUAAAGAAAGAACAGGGUAACUUAAUAGAGGUCUCCUAUCUCAUUCUGUGACGGUGUUUCUGGGCUCUGGUGAUGAAUGUGUUCAUUUUAUGUGACUUGCUUUGGGUAAAUAACCCAGUGCCCUAUCAGCUCUCCAGCCUGCGGCCAACAGCGCCUGUGUGUGCGCGCUAAUGACGGUGGAAGGUGCCUGGGGGAGGGCCUCGGGAGGGGCUACCCAGCUCAAUCGCGCCCCUGGCACUUGCUAAGAGAUUCUCAGCCCUUUCUCUGCAGCUGCUACUUGAAGACUCCACGCUUUCCCUCCAGAGGAAAGAAACCAUCUAUCUAAAUCAGCUGUACGCUCCACGUCUCUCGUUUCUCCCUCCGCCAGCCGCCACCCCCACCCCUUCUAUUGUGUUGUGCGUUUAGCUCAGCUUCCUGCGUAAGACCCUAACCUCAUUUGUAGCAGCAGGCGUUACUGAGAAUUUCGGAAUCUCGAGUUGCAAUGGAGCUGUACGGAAAGAUGGCCUCUUCCCAAGAUGCCCGGUAUGGCCAGAAAGACUCCUCUGAUCAGAACUUCGACUACAUGUUCAAAUUGCUCAUCAUUGGCAAUAGCAGUGUGGGGAAAACAUCUUUCCUGUUCCGUUAUGCAGAUGACUCCUUUACAUCUGCAUUUGUCAGCACAGUUGGGAUCGAUUUCAAAGUAAAAACUGUAUUCAAAAAUGAAAAGAGGAUCAAGCUUCAGAUUUGGGACACAGCAGGCCAGGAAAGAUACAGGACUAUCACCACAGCCUACUACCGUGGGGCCAUGGGCUUUAUUUUAAUGUAUGACAUCACAAAUGAAGAAUCCUUCAAUGCGGUACAGGAUUGGUCAACUCAGAUCAAAACGUACUCUUGGGAUAAUGCCCAGGUUAUCCUGGUUGGGAACAAAUGUGACAUGGAAGACGAGAGGGUCAUCUCAACGGAGAGAGGCCGACAUUUAGGAGAACAGCUCGGGUUUGAAUUUUUUGAAACAAGUGCCAAGGAUAACAUUAAUGUCAAGCAGACGUUUGAGCGUCUUGUGGAUAUCAUCUGCGACAAAAUGUCCGAGAGUUUGGAGACGGAUCCGGCCAUCACUGCCGCCAAGCAGAACACAAGACUCAAGGAAAGCCCUCCUCCGCCACAGCCCAACUGUGGCUGUUAAUGUCCCCCCACACACAGGCAGCUUGAGGGGGCACCUCCCC